GUGUGACUGAGGCAGCAUCAGUGUGUGAGUGGAUCAGUGUGAGAGUCAUGAAGCUGUGUGAGUCCAUGCUGCUGACUGUGAGUCUGUUUACACUGACCACAGCGGCGCUCAGUCUGAAUCCUUCAAACACGUCUGAUCCUGGAUCAGGAAAACUGGUGACUGAUCAGGCGAACGUGACUCUGAAUGAAACUCAUCAAACUUUCUCUGAACACUUUGGAUUCAACAAUCUGUCAGGUAUCCGCGUCUUCAUAACUGAACAAGAGGCGGAGAGUCGGAUCAUAGGGGGUCAGGAAGCCUGGGCCCAUUCCUGGCCAUGGCAGGUGUCUCUUCGCUUCGCAUCCAUGCCGGCCUGUGGGGGCGCCAUCAUCGGGCCGCUGUGGGUCGUCUCUGCUGCACAUUGCUUCAAGAGAUUCAACAGAGCUUCUUUCUGGACGGUCCUGGCAGGGAAACAUGACUUAGAUAAUCCUCAUGAACCGGGACAACAGUUGGUCGGUGUGGCCAUGAUCAUCUCCCACCACAGCUACAACCCUCGCACCAAAGAGUGCGACCUGGCUCUGCUGAAGCUGCAGACACCGCUCGUCUUCAACCAGUUCGUGAGACCCAUUGACAUCUGGACCACCCCCCUGCCCCCUUACAGGAAGUGCACCAUCACGGGAUGGGGCUCCACUCGAGAAAAUGGUGCACGAGUGAACAGACUGCAGGAGGUGAAUGUGACCAUACUGCCCCCUGAAGUCUGUAACCAGUACUACCUGGGAAGGAUGAGACCCUCUAUGUUCUGUGCUGGGAAGGAUGGAGGCGGAGCCGACGCCUGUCAGGGGGACUCUGGUGGUCCUCUGUCCUGCUUCACAGGUAGCAGGUACGAGCUUGCAGGUUUGGUGAGUUGGGGGGUCGGUUGUGGACGAGCCAGACGACCAGGAGUCUACACCAAAAUGCAGCAGCACACCAUGUGGAUGUCCAGCAUCCUGAAUGAUCCAGGCGUCCUGUAUGCUGACGACUUCACCACUGAAGAGGACAGGUGUGGGCGGCAGCAGAGCUCCAACUGUCAGAGGGCUCCAGGUCUUGCAUCUCUCUCUGUGUCCCAGAAAGGACAGGCAUCAGUUGGGAACGUCUCUGAGAGCUGUCCCUUCUCCUGGCCCUGGCAGGUCAGCUUGCAGUCUGCUGGACACCACUACUGCAGUGGAGUCCUGAUCCACCGCCGCUGGGUGCUGACUGCCAAACACUGCAGCGUCAGAGCUAAAGAGGACGUGGUGGUCCUUGGAGUCCAUGACCUCCGCUUCUCCUCAUCUCAGACCAUCCCUGUAGACGAGGUCUUCAAUCUGCCAGAGGACGGCAGCUUCCCCCCAAAGACUGACCUCUCUCUGCUCCGCCUUAGCGUACCAGCCAGAUUUCGCUUGAACGUGGCCCCGCUUUGUGUCCCUGAAGAAGAUGAGGAGCUGGACAGUAGCUGGUCUUGUGUGACGACUGGCUGGGGAUCCACAAAGGCGGCAGAGGACGUUGAUCCUAACAGGCUGCACCAGGUGGGACUGACUCUGGUCAAUCAGACGAGCUGCAUGGAAAAGUGGGCAGGACUUGUUAGUGACUCCCAUAUCUGCACACAUCCUGCUGGCUCUACCUCCUGCAUGGGUGAUCAAGGAGCUCCUCUGUUUUGUAAAAAGCGUGGCGCCUACUUCCUGUUUGGUGUGGUCACAUGGGGCAGUGGGCGGUGUAAUGCAGAUAAACCUGCCAUCUUCUCAAGAGUGUCGGAUUAUCACUCCUGGAUCUCGGAGCUGACUGAAGACCUCUGAAUAUGAUCCCACCUUGAAGUAGUGGAACAUGAACGGACUGGUUUUGUGGGUGUAGAAGUGAUAACCAACGAAGACGACCGCCACCAGCAGAAUGAUCAGAACCACAACGCCAACGCCAACACCCGCCUUGUG